AAUCUUUUAGCGGAUGUUGUUGUCAGGUGACAUUUACUUCCUCAAUGCGGACUUCUUUUCAACGAUUUCAGUCUCAGAUUUCUUGUUAAUAAUUUCAAACCAGGCUAAACACAUUUGUUGUUGAAGGAACAAGAAGUCAGAUGAAAUGUCUGCCAAACCAACGUGUUUGAUUGUGGCGAGUGCGUCUCCUCAAGGAGUGUCGGCAGCGUCUUUCCAUCAGUCCUUCAGCCUGGUCGCCUCCGUGUUUAAUCUCCAGACAGCCACUCCUGGGGGGAAGCCAAUAGACUUUGUUGGAGUAGAUGAAAGCACUGCCAGAUGGGUGCAGGACUUCAACCUCAAGCCCUACGCGACACCGGCCAAACUUGAAUCCAUAGAUGGUGCUCGGUACCAGCUGCUGCUCCUCCCGGACUGCCCCGGGGCGCUGAACGACCUGGCACACAGCGGCUCGCUGCACCGCAUCCUCACGCACUUCAUCGCUCACCAAAAGCCGGUUUGUGCAGUGGGACAAGGAGUGUCGGCACUGUGCUGUGCCACCGAGGGGCAGAGGUGGAUCUUCGAUGGCUACAGCUUAACAGGGCCGUCAGUGUUUGAACUGGUGCGGAGGCCUGACUUUGCCAACCUGCCCUUGGUCGUGGAAGACUUUGUGAAAGACAGUGGUGGAUCAUACACAGCAAGUAAAGAAGAUGCUGUGCAUGUAGUAAUAGACAGACACCUAAUAACUGGCCAGAAUAUGCAGUCAACAUCACUUGCUGUAAACAAUCUAAUCUUGCUGUCUAGUGCCAAAUAAAGACUGACAUUUUACAUGAAGAGCACUCAAAUUGAACUGCUCAGUUGUUCCACAUUUAUAGUCACGUAAUUAAACAAACACUCAUCUCAUACAAAUAUUUGAAGAAGCUGGGUCAGAACUGAUGUUUUGGCAACUCUGUGAAUACAACUUCAUUAUUUCUCAAUGCUGUUAUUUUAAACAAGAAAUGCUACACAAUCAAAUGUCAUGAUUCAAGAGUACAAGAGAAUACAAUCAGUUGAAGGAAGGAUGCAUCUUCACAGCAAGCAAAGCUGCAUCGAGGAGCCGAAAUGUUUGUGCGCAAUGGAGAACAAAACAGCAGAAGAUUUGUACUGAAAAGAGCUUGUGGUACGUGAAGAGAAGAAUAUAACCUUCCUUUUAAACUUUUUACAAAUUGAUGGUCAUGCAUCCUCUGCUGAAGGGACGAGUCACUGCACUUUGACUAAACUGUACAACUUUAAAAGAAAUUCCCAGAUACCACCAAUAAGGAAUAAAACAUACUGAAGUA